UAGAUUAGUUUUUAACAAGUAACAAAUAGUAUUUAGUUUAAUUAUACAUAUUAACUAUGGUUCAAUCCCAUUUAUCUAAAAUAUUAGCUGCUACGGCAGAUGAUAUGAAUGAACAAGAUUUAGAUCAAUUAUAUGAAGAAGUUACAAUGAGUAAAAGUAAUGAAAUGAACUUUGAACUGGAUCAAGAUCAAACUAAAAAUAUGUAUAAAAUAUUUCAAAAAAUGUUGUUAUAUAAAGGAGAACAAGUGGACUCACUACUAUCGGAAAUAGAAGAAUUAGCUACAAAACAAGGCAAAGAAGAAGCAAGAAAAAUGAGAGAAGAGGAAAUAAAAACCUUUAAUGGUUCCUAUAAACAAACGGAAUCUGUACAAAAAGAGUUAGCUAAAUUAGAAAUGGAAAACGAAGGUUUAUUAGCUGAUUUACAGCAACAGAAAUUAGAAGUUGACUCUAAAGUUAAAGAAAUUGAUAAGUUAUCAGCGCAAUUAUCAAAAUUAGAAUAUGAAAGAGAUACACUUCGUAGAGAAUUAGAUGCCAUACAAGAUGAUUAUGCAAACCGUCAAACUGAUGAACAACUCACAGAAAAUAAUUUAACAAUAGCUGAAAGAUUUAGAGAUAUGACUGAACUAGUCAGACAAAAAAAUCAACAUAUCACACAACUUCUCAAUGAUAUUGAGAUAUCCGAAAAUGAAAAUAAAAUAUUAAAAAAAUCACUGACAACCACAAGAGAUGAGCUUCAAAAUGCAACAGUAUAUAUAAAUACAAUAAGUGCAGAAUAUAGAAAUUUAAAAUGCUUACAGGAUGAAUAUACGGAUCGAAUAAAAACCUUGGAGCUAAACGACAGUGGACUUCGUAAUCAAAUAGCUGAAUUAGUAGCUGAAAAAGAAAAAUGUGAAGAGCAAAUAGAUGAACUCAGUGAUCAGUUAGAAUCUAGAAUUAAACUACUUUCGGAAUUACUAUCAAAAAAAGAUGAUGAAAUAGCAACUUACAAAUCUCAAUUAGGACCAUUAGGUUAUUCAGAUAGUCAGAACGAAUACUUAGCUAAACUUCAAGAAACGGUAGCUAGACAAGAAGAUCAUUUAAAUGAAUUAAAAAAACAACUACACAAAGCCACUAACGAUUUAAAUCGCAGUGCGUCAGCGCUGGAACAACAAAAAAAGUUAUACAAUGAAUUACUUAACAAGAGUAAUGAAUCACCUGAGAUAAAGGACUUGCAAAAAAAUUUGUCUACAUUACAAGAACAGCUAGAAAUUAUAACUGAUAAAGCUAAAGUUGCUGAAGAAGAUGCCACGAAUAAAGCAGAACAGAUAAGUAAACUUAUUAUUCAAGUUCGAGAAUUUGAGAGUGGAGUUUUUGGCUUAGAAGAAGCAAUGGAAGAAAAUAGAAAAAUUAAGAAGGAACUAGAAACUAGAGAUAAGGAGAUAGAAGAACUAAUCAGUACUACUAAUAGACUAUACCAAGAAGCUGAUCUUUUAGAACAAGAUAACUUAGCAAUGAAAGAAAAAUUAGGAUUAUCCAUUGAGGAUAUAGUCAGAUCUGACGGAAUGAUAGCGAGAUACAAAGACGCUCAAACUAGAAUAAAUUUUUUGCAAAACGAACUAGACGAGUGUAAAGAAAUUAUUGUUAAUCUUAAACUAAAAAAUCGCAACUUGCUAAAAUCACCCGAAAGUACAAGAAAUAUUUCUCCAAACGGAAAAGAAGAACUAACCCAAAUUGAAAUUUACAAACCAGAUAUUGAGAUUGUGAGUGAUUUAGAAGAUAAUGUUCGGGAACUUAUAGAUGAAAAUGAAUCACUUAGAAAAGGACUUCAUGAAGUCCUUGACAGUUUACACAACCAAGACGGAUCAAGCACAGUUCGUAUUGAGUGCCAAAGUUUAGAAAGGUUGUUGCAAGCUAUGGAUGCCAGACACGUAGCUGGAUGGUAUCAACCUGGUAUGAGACUUUUAGCUCAAAUCAACCAUUUAGAUGGAGUUAAUGCAAACUUAAGAUAUCAACUCCAUUCGCUUCAUGAUGCAUUAACAGAAGCAAAAAAAGAAUUGUAUAACUCUCAAAUCUCGACACCAUCAUUAAAAAUAACUGAAAACAUCAAUGAAAAUGAUUUAGAGGAGGAAAACUAUUCAAAAAAAAAAGAACAAGAAAGAUCUUUUCAACUAGAGCAAGAAGUAAAAAUGUUCCAGCAUAAGUUUGAAAAACUUCAACAAGAAAUGGGAUGUCUUAAUAAUGAAUAUGACAAUGAAAGAUUAAAAAUGACAUCAACAGUGGAAAAAUUAGAGAUUGAGCUAAAUUCAGCGCAUCAAAAUGAAAUUUCAUUGAAGGAACGACUAUCAGAUUUUGAAAAUUCGUGGAAAUCCCUGAUUGAUAAUCCAAACGAAAUAAAAAGCCAACUUUCUUAUAAUGUAAUAAGGGUAGCGGCAUUAACUGAAGAACUUCAAAUAACUAAACGCAUGUAUGAUUGUUGUCUAGACUCGGAAAAAAAAAUUAAAAUUGAAAAACAAAAAGGGUAUGAAGAACUUUGUACAAUAAAGAAAAAUUAUUCUGAAGAAAUUGAACGAUUAUUAAAAUAUACAGAACAGCAAAACGUUGAGUUAAAUAAAUUUAAAAAUCAAACAGAAAAGAGUAUAAAUAUUAAUGAGUACCAAAUAAUUAAAAAAGAAUUAGAGGAACUUACUAUAAAACAUAGAGAAAUACUUCAUACAAAUUUAUUCAAAGAGGAUACAUAUAAAUUAUUAACUGAAAGGUUAAUAGCGGAAGUAAUGCUUUUAAAAGAUCAAAGACAAAGUAGUGUGAUUGAAAUAGAUAAUAUAAAUGGUGAUGACAUUGAAAUAACGGCAUUAAAAUCUGAAAAAAUGUCAUUAUUACAACGAGCAGAGCACGCUGAAAAGAUGUACGCAUUGUUAAAAGAACAAAUGGAAGAAAUGGAAGUAAGGUGUAAAAAUUUAGAACAAAAUUUGUGUAAUAUGAUGGAAGCCAAUUUAAAAAGUCAAACUGAAGAAGUACGAUUAAGAGAAACAACUGUCAACAUGAUAGAAGAGUCAGAAUAUGCUGAAAUGGCUCAAAAGCUUAAAACUUCAGACAAUAAUUUAGAUCAAGCAUUACAAGAAAAAACUAGACUACUAAAAAUAUUAGACAUUACUCAAAGCCAAGUGCGUGAUCUCGAACAUCAUCAUAAACUAUUAGAUCAACAACACGCCAUUACUCAGAGACGAAUCAUUGAACUACAAGCAUUAAGCGAUGAAAGAUCAACCAUUGACAGAUUAAUGCGUGAAAUAUCUACUCUCGAGGAAAAACAAAUAGCUGCUGAAGUAGAAGAUGCUAAACUCAAAUCUACCAUACAAGAUCAACAAACAACAAUUGCUAAUCUAGAAUGUAAAAACGAUGAAAUUAUCGAACAAUAUAACUCAAAUAAUGAUCAUUUUAAGACAAAAAUAAUGCGAUUGGAAAAUAUUUUGCUAGAAUUACAAAAUCGCUAUUCUGGUGCAAUAUCAUUAGUAAAUGAACAUAUUUGGGUAACUCAUAAACAAAAACUCGAAGAAGCCAUAAUAAACACUUAUAGAAAAUGGCUUGAUAACACAGAAACUUCUGUUUCUGACGAUAUAGUUUAUGUGCCAACAAAAACGAAUGAGGACUAUAGAAUAAAAUUUACUCAACUGCAAUUAAAAGAACUUAACACACAAAUGGCUUGUGAUGAUUUACGAAAAAAGUUACAAUUGUGUACAGAGAGGAUUGAAAAACAAGAUUAUUUCAUAGAUAGUCUUGAGAAAGAAAUUGUACGAUUGGAUUCAGAGUUUAUGCAUAAUUAUAUGUCAUGGGGUAUAAAACACUUUAGAAUUGAUACAAAAAAUAAUGUGAGAAAAAUAGAUAAACAAAUAAGUGUUCAAUCAAUUACUAGUCUUGAACAACCAGAAGAUAAAGACGAAUAUUUAGAGAAAAAAAUAAAAUAUAAAAGUAAUACUAUUGAGAAGGAAAAAAAAAACCAAGAUGAAGAAAUAAAAAGAUUGCAAGUUUCGUUGAAUGAUCUCGAAACUUAUAAAAACCAGUUACAGAAAGACCUUAUUGUAAAAGAUGAUGAAAUCAGGAAAUUAAAUAUUAAGUUAGCUACUAGUGAAAAUGUAGAAAACGAUUUACAAAAUCCUGCUCUAUUGACCACAAUUGAAAGCUUAGAAAUAAUCGUAAACCAGAAAGAAGAAACCAUAAGUAGACUUCAAGAACUUUUAAAAGAAUGCCGGGAAGAUCAUGUGAAGGAAAUAACGGAAUUGCAAAAAAAAAUUGAAAAUAGUGAACUAAUCAAUAGAGUGCCACAAAAAGAUGUCUCAUCUCCAAUUCGUUCAAAUAAUAUCCAACCUAUUGUUAAUCAGUACAUAUUAAGAAUAGCAGAUCUUGAAGACAAACUCAAACAAUCCGAAGAUGAUUUAGCUAAAGUAAAUUCCGAAAAAGAACAUUGGAGUGGUGUGGCUGAAAGAAGGCUAAAAGAAAUGGAGCAAAAUAAAACCGAAGAUGAUUCAGAAGAAAAAGAUUUAGAAAUAACAAGACUUAAUGAAAUUAUAACAGGGUUACGAGCAAAGAGAGAUUCAUUACCAGCUCAAAGAGACCGACUUAGGAUGGAAGUUGACAAGUUGAAAAAAAAAAUUGACGAAUACGAGAGACGAGAAAAAGAAGACAAAGCAGAAAUACAAAAAUUAAGACAGCAAAUAAUUUACAGACCACCAGCUAAUGGAAAACGGGAGGAUACAAUUUGUAUCGUAAAAGAAGAAGUGUUAACAAAAAAAAUUAAAGCUUUGGAAACUGAACUCGAAGAAUACAAAAAGAAAGACGAAGAAAAUAAGGUGUUCAGAAAAAUGAAGUCGGAUGAACAGGUAAGUAAAUGGGAAGUUAAUAAACGUCAUCAAACUACUAUCGAAAAACUUCAAACUCGAUUAGUUGAAACUACAAGAGAAGGAGAAGCUUUGCGUUUGAAUAAUCAAAGAUUAAGAGACAAUUUGACUCGUAUGGAAAAAGAUCGUAACGUUUUAGAAUUAAAACUAAAAUCUGCAAAUGCUGCUGUGCAAUCAAAUGCAUUGGCAAAAACUCUUAUCGAAGAAUUAACUUUAGAAAAAGAUAGAUUGAUAAAUGAAGUACAUACCUUACGGUCAGCUAAAGAAAUGACGUCUGGUGGUACCUCUUUAGCUGAAGUAGUUGUAGAGCUACGACGAAAGAUAACUACUUUAGAGUUAUUACAAAAGGGAGGAAAUGCAGCUUUAAUCAAAGAAAUAGAUACUUUAAAAGACAGAAAAAAUAGAAUAGAAAAAACAAAAUUAGCACUCGAAGAAGAAAAUGUUCGAUUAAAAAAAAAAAUUGAUCAAUUUCAGCUGGCAGACAACGGAAGUGGAAUAACUAGUUUAAGUUCAGACUCUAUGCUAAGUGAUGAAAGAAAACAAUCCGAAAAACCAGAAAAAUUAAUAAAAACAAAGAAAUCUACUUUCAAACAAAUAAAAGGAGAAAGUAAAUUAACGGAUCGAAUCAAUAAAAAUAUAGACGACAAAGAUUAUGUGGAAAAAUUACAAAAUGAACUUCAAACUACACAAAGCUAUUAUUUAGAUUCUAGCGAAAAGUGUUCGCAACUAGAACAACAGUUGCAAGAUUACAGAUCACAAUAUCAAUCAGUUUUAGAAGAAAAUGAAAAUUUGAAGUGUCAACUAGAAAAAAAAUGUCACUUACUAGGCAAAACAAAAACUAUGUUAGAAAGAGCAGCCGCACGGGAGCAGUUGAUAAUUAAGCCAGACCGUCAAAGACCUGACCGAACACAUUUUAUUGCAUAAAAUAUUUAUUUUUAACAGCUAACUACUAAGUUUUAAUUUGUCAUAAAAUAUGAUAACACCAACCAAAUUUUAUAUUUUCAAAAUCAAUUUUUGGUAUUAAUUCUAUUUUUUUUUUUUUUUUGUGAAAAGCAA